GCCAGUAAAAUCAAUCGCAUUUAUAAAUUGGGAAUGGUGAAGUAAUUGAUUUUAUUCAAUAUGUUGAAGUUUACCAGUUAGUGUUUACACAUUUUGGUGAAGCAACACGUGUUUUUCUCUUUUCUCUGUGUUCUGUGUUAUUUUGUGGCAGUGAUAUGCAAGACAUUUGUGAAAUCAAUUGAACACCAUUUUAAAGUGCUAAGUGAACUUAACUAGUAUUAUUCUGAAUGGUUUUGAAAAGAUUUGGAAAUUCAAGAAUAAAAGAAUUGAAAAGGUAAGAAAAGGUAAGAAAAUUGAAAUUUCUAAAGUAAACUCAGUUGGGGUACAUUUGACAUUUUUGAAUGUACCCCGUCUCUGUUUUGACUAUGUAAUGAAUGCACUUUAUGCAAUUUAGUGUUGAUAUUCAGCAGGAAAAUGGUACGCAAUUAUAAAAAAAAAGACUAAUCGGUGUGCCAUAAAUGACGAUAAUAUUAGAAAGGCAAUAACUGAUAUCAGAAAUGGGACUGAAACGCAAACUACAGCUGCCAUCAAAUAUGGAAUAAAUAGAACAACUCUAAUCAUGCGUUUAAAACAUAAGGCACCUUCUGGCAAUCUUUCACAUUCUGGCAAUGAUAGCAGCUCUGAUGAUUAUUUUAAAUUUCAAUCGAAAUUCACAUCUCGCCAGACAUUUAAUAAGCAACAAGAAACCGAUAUUUGUGAUUACGUCAAGAAAUGUGCUUUUUAUUCUUACGGCUUAACUUAUCGAACUUUAAAGUUUGCAUAUGAUUACGCUAAAGCUAAAAGUUUGGUUACUCCAACUGCCUGGGAAAAAUCCAAAGAAGCUGGAGACGAUUGGCUUUACGGAUUUCUUAAAAGAAAUUAUUCUAUAUCUCUUCGGAAACCUAAAAAGAUCAGUUUGGCAAGAUUACGCGGUUUUACUAAAUCAGCAGUGGAAAGUUUUUUCAAAAACCUUACUACGUUGUUUGAAAAGUACUCAUUUCAGCCAAAAGAUAUCUAUAAUUUGGACGAAACUUUUUUAGCUACGGUGAUAGAACCUAUUAAGAUUUGUGCUGCAAAAGGACAACGUUCUGUUUCUCAAGCAUCUUCCGCUGAGCGCGGCAGCUUGGUUACAAUCGUUGGCAUAGUUAACGCUUGCGGAAAUCGUUUGCCUCCGGCUUAUAUAUUUCCUCGUGUAAAUACAAAAUCCGGUUGGAUGAUUUCCGAACUCUUUGCAAAUGUGCUGACUAUAAAGAAAAAUUUUUAAAACCGCCAAGCGCACUCUCAAGUUUUCACAAAAGAGACCUUGACCUUGAAUCCAGGGCAGAUGAUUUAGAGACACACAAAAUAACUGAUGAUGAUAAUUUGACUGUGGGAGACUACGUUCUGGUAAAAUUCCAAGAAAACGUCAAAAACACCGUUUUCUAUGUAGUUCAAAUAAUAGAAACGUUUGGCAACUGCACUUAUAACAUAAAAUUUUUCCGAAAGACAUCUCCUUCAAGUUCGGCUUUUGUUAAUCCAGAAAUUGAAGAUUUGGCUAUAAUUAUGCGCAGUGAAAUAGAGCUGAAGUUGCCAGUUCCUGAAAAUCCUGCUUCAACUUCACGGUGUCGUACAAAAUACAUUUUUAAA